GUUAAACUAAAAUUCGAUGUGAAAAAAACUUACGUUCCAUAAAAUUAAUUACAUAAAGUGAUAAAACAUUUCGUGAUACACAGAAUUAAAUAAACCAGGCAAAAGAAAUAUAAUCAAGGAUGGAUGAUUAUGGUUGUCAUAACGUCGAACUAUACAUAUACGAUAUGACGCAAGGAAUGGCGAGAAUGAUGUCACCACUACUUUUAGGACGUCAAGUAGAUGGAAUUUGGCAUACAGCAGUGGUUGUGUUUGGACGAGAAUAUUUCUAUGGUAGCCAUGGAAUUAGUGCUGUUCCACCGGGUUCAGUUUCGAUUCUCGGAAGUCCAACAAAAGUUGAGAAAAUUGGUGAAACUUUUAUUCCAUAUCAAGUAUUUAAGGAUUAUUUGAGAGGUCUAGCCGACAGUUCAUUUAGGGGAUCGUGUUACUCACUUUUGAAGCAUAAUUGCAACACAUUCUCGGAAGAUUUAUGUCAAUUUUUAUGCGGUGCCUCUAUUCCUAAAUAUAUUUUAGAUUUACCACAAGAAUUUCUCUCAACGCCAUUGGGUCAAAGUUUGGGACCGUUAAUUGAAAGCUUAGGUCAAAGAACGGACGGAUAUUCAAAUUUUUCUUUCGAGUCACAGAUAACUACACCAGUACGUUCGCCAUCACCUGAUUAUAUCGAAAUUAAUACACAGAUUGAACAACUAAGAGAACAAUCGUCAGCAUUAGAAGAGCGUCGUCAACAGAGCCUUGAUAAGAUCGCCAAGAAAGAACGCAAAAGAGAAAAGAAAAGGAAUAAAGAAAGGAAACAGUCAAAUAAGGUUACAUUCAGUGAUAGUAGUGAAUAUAAUUCAACAGGAAUGUCUGAGAUUGAAGAAGCAAAUGGCACAACCGAAAGUCCAGUCAUCAAUUCAGAGAUGUUACCAUCUGAGAAAGUAUUAGAGGAAGAAGCUGAAGAGCGAAGACUCGAGGAAGAGAAAAAGAAGAAUCGCGAACCACCAAUUGUCUUUAAGGAAAUUGAUCCAAAAUAUGAAUUAGAAGAGUUAGUAAAAUUAGUGGAUGGGAACUUAUCAGAAGAAGAGCAACUUGCACUGGAAGAACUGCAUCAAUAUCUCUUACUUGGGGAUGGAUGUUGGGCACUCAGUGACUUAUUCUUGGUAUUUGUUGGACGAGUUUUAAGAGAUCCUCAAAUAUCAACGGAAGCACGUGUUCAUUUAUUGCGAUCACUAGCAUAUGCCGCCCUAAAGGAUGAUAUCAUUUUAUUACUUCAUCAAGACAGACGCGAUCAUGUUAUGAUGAAUUAUUUAUUGGAUAUUGAAAAGAUUAAGCCGGAAGAGCAACAGGCAGUUGCGUUGUUUGCUAAUAAUUUAUUUGAGAACACAAAUGCUUCCGAAUGGUUGUUAUACAUAAGCGAAUGGCCUUCUGGUAGUCAGCAAGUAUCAAAUAUCCGUGCAACAACAAAAGUUGUCGUGCAUUGCCUGUUGUCACCAUGCCCAAAACUUCAAGAAUUGGGAACAGCAUUAACAUACAAUUUGGGCAUUAAGGAAGUAAAGACUGUUGUAAAGUAUCAAAGUUUCAAGCUUCUUAUGUUAUUAUUUCUGUAGCAACACGAAAGUUUUGGUGGUGGGAGCAAGUCACACCUGCCACACAAUUUUUCAUGUUCUGCAAUUUUAUUUUUUAUUUUUUGAUGUCUUAAAAUUUCUUAAAACGCAUUUUCGAUAUUUUUUCUUAAUUUUUCGGUCACUUCCACUGAAAAAUCUAACAACUAACAUCUUCUGUCUAUCUAUUGGAUGUUUAUAAUUAAUUUCGAGAAAUAUUGAGGCCAAAAUUUGUCCCUUCUGUUAUUUCUUUUUAAAAGAAACUUCGUCAUGCUAAAAAGUUGAGGCAAAUCUUGCCCAAAGGCUCCUUAUCAAAGGUAUUUGAUGAUAUUGCCAUAGAAAUCACAAUGGCGAUUUUACAAUUCUUAAAUUCUAAUCCAUCGGAGGAAUAUUUAUUCAGGGUAUUGAAAGCCUUAUCGAAGUUUGUCUAUGUAUCAGCAGAUAUCCCACAGUUUGUUCAAAUGAUUGGACCAAAUCCCAAAGAUUUCCGAGGCAAGAGUGACAGAUGCGAUCAAUUAAUUGAUAUAAUUGUUAAGAAAGUUCGCUAGUUCAAAAUAAAUCAUUCAUGGCAAUUAUCUAUCAUUAUUAUUAUAACUUGCAAUUGUUAGAUUCUAUAACAUUUUACUAAUAUAAAAAAAUAUAUAUAAAAUGAAAUGGGAAGGUUAAAUAAGUUGGACAUUUAAUUGAUUUAAUAUGGUUCUUUCAUUUGGGAUAUAUUUAUACAAAAUCUUUUCUGCAUUUUUUGUAUUGAGUCAAUUUUAAUUUUUUUUUGCAUUCUAAUAAAGGAGAAAAAAAGUUUUAAAUUUAUGAACCAUUUAUGGAGUUUUUAUUCUGUAAAAAAUUGUUUUGCUUAAUGUUAUUUGAAUUUAAUAGCUAGCAAUGAACCUUGCUACAUAGCUCGUUUAGGAUGAAAGACACCAUUAUUGUGUCUUAACGUCUUGAACAGGCUGCUCUUUAACUGGUUUAUAACCUAGAAUCUAAGUACUCUACAGGCUUUCCUAAUAUCAUAGCAUGUAUUACAGCCAUGACGCUGCUAUGGC